CAGUCGUGGCGGCUGUUGGAGUUAGUUAGUUAGUUAGUUAGUUAGUUAGUUAGUUGGUUAGUUAGUCAUGUUUAGUUAGUUAGUUGGUUGGUUAGUUAGUUAGUCAUGUUUAGUUAGUUAGUUCUUGUGUUGGAGGGAGUAGGGUUAGGACCUCCCCGCUCACACGCCCAUUGGCUGUAGCUCCGUGACGGGCUGGCCUCCUUCUUCCCACAGACUCUGUGGGAGCUCAGGGCGGGGCUGACGCUCAGCUCUGGCCGGCGAGGUCGAUGCAUGGAGCAGUGCGGGGACGCUCUGUCCGUCGGCGGGAAGGAAGCACAGACGCGGGGCAGCUGGCCGGGCUGGCCGGGCUCCAUCCCUCCAUCGUCCAUCCGUCAUCCAUCGUCCAGGCCGCCGGUGUGGGGAGCGUGGCCGGCUUUGAGCGCGACAGCUCCGGGUGGGAAGAUUCGCGGCGAGGGAGGAGGAAGAAGGAAGCAUUCAUUUCCCGCGUGUGGCCGUCAGGAUGAUGUGAGCAGCCGGGGGAGGGAAGGCGGACAUCGGAUCGAUUCUUUCCCCGCCGCCGGAGAUCAUCUGAGCCGCCGGCUGUGAAGGCUGUCAGGCCACACACAACAUGGCAGAACCACCACGGCGAGACAGCACCAGCAGCCUGCAGAGGAAGAAGCCCCCCUGGCUCCGACUGGACAUUCCUGCAGCUCAGGUGUCGCUGGACGAGCCUCCCACUUUUGUUCAGCCCAUGAAGAGGCAGGGCUUCCUGCGCAGCAUCAGCAUGCCGGUGGAGACCUCUCACCUCCAACCCCCUCCCCGAGACUUUUUUGACACCCGGCGGCCCGUUUUACAACGCCAGUCAUCCAUCACUCAGACCAUAAAAAGGAGGGUUCAUUUUGAGCGGAUUAACACGGUGCCCAUUAAGGGCCAGCGAGCUGCUCGCCGUAGCACCAGGAAGCACCACUCGCUGUCCAGAACCCUGCUCAGGGGCACGGCCGACUGGUUCGGGGUCAGCAAGGACGGCGACGCCACACAGAAAUGGCAGAGGAAGAGCCUUCGCCACUGCAGCCUGCGUUACGGCAAGCUGAAGCCGCAAGUCAUCCGCGAGAUGGACCUGCCCAGCCAGGACAACAUCUCCAUGACCAGCACUGAGACUCCGCCUCCGUUGUAUGUCCCCGCCUCCCAGCAUGGCAUGCAAAAGAUCGUGGACCCCCUGGCACGAGGCCGAGCCUUCCGCAUGGUGGAGGAGGUGGACGGCUACAGCGUGCCUCAGACCCCCAUCACCCCCGGGGCCACAUCACUGUGCUCCUUCAGCAGCUCCCGCUCAGGCAUCAAUAGAAUACCUCGGCGACGCAAGAGAGAGUCUGUGGCCAAGAUGAGCUUCAGGGCGGCGGCGGCUCUCGUCAAGGGUCGCUCCAUACGUGACAGCACGCUGCGACGGGCCCACAGACGUAGUUUCACUCCUGCCAGCUUCAUGGAAGAAGACGUCCUGGACUUCCCUGAUGAGUUAGACACGUCCUUCUUUGCCCGAGAUAUUUUCCUGCCUGAGGAGCUGUCCACGUACGCUGACGAGGUGUUCGAGUCGCCGUCAGAGGCGGCCCUGAAGGAGGCGGAGCACGGCAACAAGAAGGAGGAGCCAGAGCUGACAGGAAGUGCGCUGGAUAAGAUGGCUCUGGAGAGAAGUCACCUCAUGCUGCCUUUAGAGCGCGGGUGGAGGAAAGCCAAAGAAGGAACGCCCGGCCCCCCGAAGGUGCCCCUGCGCCAGGAGGUGGUGAGUGUCAACGGUCAGCGGCGCGGCCAGCGGAUUGUGGUGCCCGUCAAGAAGCUUUUCGCCCGGGAGAAGAGGCCGUACGGACUGGGGAUGGUCGGCAAGCUGACCAACCGCACGUACCGCAAGCGCAUCGACAGCUACGUGAAGAGACAGAUAGAAGACAUGGACGACCACAGGCCUUUUUUUACCUACUGGAUCACCUUUGUCCACUUGCUCAUCACCAUCCUGGCCGUCUGCAUCUACGGGAUCGCACCGGUGGGCUUCUCCCAGCACGAGACGGUUGAUUCUGUUUUAAGAAACAAAGGUGUGUACGAAAAUGUCAAGUUUGUGCAGCAGGAGAACUUCUGGAUCGGACCGAGCUCGGAGGAUCUGAUCCACUUGGGGGCCAAAUACUCUCCGUGCAUGAGGCAGGACGAGCAGGUGCGUGACUUCAUCAGGGACAAAGGAGCCAUGGAACGCAACUCUGCGUGCUGCGUGCGUAACGACCGCUCAGGCUGCGUGCAAACCUCCGAGGAAGAGUGCUCAAGCACUCUGGCUGUGUGGGUGAAGUGGCCGCACCAUUCCAGCGUGCCUCACCUCAAUGGCAAAGACAGGCAGUAUGGUUCUGUCUGCCAUCAGGACCCCAGGAUAUGUCUGGAGCCUGCCUCUGUCUCUCCUCACGAGUGGCCUGAUGACAUCACCAAGUGGCCAAUCUGCACCAGGUACAACACAGGGAACCACACCAACCUGCCUCACAUCGACUGCACCAUCACAGGACGACCCUGCUGCAUCGGAACCAAAGGAAGGUGUGAAAUCACAUCCCGGGAAUAUUGUGACUUCAUGAACGGCUACUUUCACGAAGAAGCCACCCUUUGCUCCCAGGUGCAUUGCAUGGACGACGUGUGUGGACUGCUGCCUUUCCUCAACCCUCAGAUCCCAGAUCAGUUUUACAGACUGUGGCUCUCUCUUUUCCUGCACGCAGGAAUCCUCCACUGCUUGGUGUCGGUGGUGUUCCAGAUGACCAUCUUGAGGGACUUGGAGAAGCUGGCAGGUUGGCUGCGUAUAUCCAUCAUCUACAUCAUCAGCGGCAUCAGCGGCAACCUGGCGUCUGCCAUCUUCCUGCCAUACAGAGCUGAGGUGGGACCAGCAGGCUCCCAGUUUGGGAUCCUGGCCUGCUUGUUUGUGGAACUGUUCCAGAGCUGGCAGAUCCUAGCGCAGCCUUGGCGGGCCUUCACCAAGCUGCUUUGUGUCGUCCUCUUCCUCUUUGCCUUUGGUCUGUUGCCGUGGAUCGACAACUUCGCCCACAUCAGUGGUUUCGUGUCGGGUUUCUUCCUGUCCUUCGCCUUCCUGCCGUACAUCAGCUUCGGCCGCAUGGACCUGUACCGCAAGCGCUGCCAGAUCAUGGUCUUCCUGCUGGUCUUUGUGGGCCUGUUCUCGGGCCUGGUGGUGCUCUUCUACGUCUACCCCAUCACCUGCGAGUGGUGCGAGCUGCUCACCUGCAUCCCCUUCACCGACAAGUUCUGCGAGAAGUACGACCUCAACGCACACCUCCACUGAGGCGGGCGCAACUUUGGCUUCUUCUACUGUGGUAAGUCCAAACAAGGACCUUUGAGGUGUCUGAAGGCCGAGGGUGUACCUGCGCUGGUGAGGGUGUACCUGCGCUGGUGAGGGUGUACCUGCGCUGGUUAGGGUGUACCUGCGCUGGUGAGGGUGUACCUGCGCUGGUGAGGGUGUACCUGCACUGGUUAGGGUGUACCUGCACUGGUUAGGGUGUACCUGCGCUGGUUAGGGUGUACCUGCGCUGGUGAGGGUGUACCUGCGCUGGUUAGGGUGUACCUGCGCUGGUGAGGGUGUACCUGCGCUGGUUAGGGUGUACCUGCGCUGGUGAGGGUGUACCUGCGCUGGUGAGGGUGUACCUGUGCUGGUACACCACAAACAUUUAUUACAUCACACACCUUGAGGUGUCUGAAGGGUGAGGGUGUACCUGCGCUGGUGAGGGUGUACCUGCGCUGGUGAGGGUGUACCUGCGCUGGUUAGGGUGUACCUGCGCUGGUUAGGGUGUACCUGCGCUGGUACACCACAAACAUUUAUUACCUCGAGGAAGAUCAGAGCCACAUGUGGAAAAUGUACUGCUCACAAAAUUUAAGUCCAACUUUAGAAAUUGUGUGACAUUUUCUUCACAGGCUUCUAAUUUCUUUCAGAGUUUUACUGAGCUUUGUUGAUUUAUUUGUUUUCUUCUUAUAAGUUCUAGUAAAAUACAAUAAAAUGUCUUUUUUUAAAUACCAUUUUUUGACUGAAUUUUCCGGAAAGUUUUUUUAUUUUUUUAAAUCAGUUUAUGAAUAAACAGCACUUAGAACCUACAUUCACACCCUUCAAAUAGAUUCUCAAGGUGGAAUUCUCAUUUUUGUAUCAUUUGUAGUCACUCCAUCACUAACACCCUCUUCAUCUGAUAUUUACUGACUUUAAAACACAUUCUUACUUUUUACAACACUUUGUUUACAUUUGUGGGCAUUAACUGCAGCACCACACUUCACACAACUUCUAUUUCACUUCUAUUUCACUUCUAUUUCACUUCUAUUUCACUUCUAUUUCACUUCUAUUUCAGUUACCACACUUCACACAACUUCUAUUUCUACCACGGCACUUCAGGGGAAAACUCUUUUGUUUAUUUAAUUUCUCAUUUUUCCAAAUGAAAAGACAUCAUUGUGACUUGAAAUGAGUUUGUAAUAUUGUCAUUCUAUCCCAUUGCCAUUACUGUAGACCAGGGGUCACCAACGCGGUGCCCGCGGGCACCAGGUCGCCCGUAAGGACCGGAUGAGUCGCCCGCGGGCCUGUUCUAAAAAAAAAAAAAAAAAAUUUUAAAAAAAAUAAAUUAAAAAAAAAAAAUUUUUUUUUUUUUUUUUUUUUUUUUAAAAUUAAAUCUACAUAGAAAAAACACAAUAUACACUUUCAAUCAGUGCAUCAACCCAAACAACCUCCCCCAUGCACACUCAUCCACACCCACUCACACAAAAGGGGUAAUUUCUUUCUGCUACCAAUAUUCUGGUUCCCACAACAUAGACAACACAUCUGCAAGGGACACAGUCCCUGAACACAACAUAGACAACACAUCUGCAAGGGACACAGUCCCUGAACACAACAUAGACAACACAUCUGCAAGGGACACAGUCCCUGAACACAACAUAGACAACACAUCUGCAAGGGACACAGUCCCUGAAGCACACAUGAUUGUAUAGGCUGCUGGUCCACUAACAUUUUCAUUAAUUACUAUUUUUUAUGUAAUUAUUUUUAUAUUGUUUUACUUUCUUUUUUAUCCAAGAAAAUGUUUUUUAUUUAUUUAUCUUAUUUUAUUUUAUUUUUAAAAAAAGGGCCUUAUCUUCAACAGACCAGGUUGUCAAUGAAAUUAGAUUUGUUUAAAGGGUUUUUUAAAGCAGGCCCAGUCCAGAUAAUGUCCAAGUCGGACUCAGCAACACACACCUUCAUUCAUGUACACAGAAAAAAAUUAGGGAACACAACAGAUUGCAUAUAAUUUAUAAACAAAAUUACAUUUUCAAAAUAAGCAUUUAUGUACAGUCCAGAUUAUGUCCAGGUCACUCAAAUUAGGGAACACAACAACAUAUAUCAUAUAAUCUAUAAACAUAAUUAUACUUUCAAAAUAAGCCUUUGAGGACUUCUCAUCUUUUUUUUAUGUUUUUUGGCAUCAUUAUCGUUUUCAACCAUGUAACUUUCUAAAGUUAGAAAAUACUGAAUAAAUGUUUUAAAGAAAGUAAUGCUAAGUGAAUAUCUGUUUUUGGCCUUAAAAAUAAACAUUUUACCGAGUACUAUAAUUAAAUGGACUAAAUCAUGAUUGUCAAUGAACUCUCCUAAAAUAACAGAAACCACAUUAAGCUUCAUAAACAAACCAAUCCUUAAACACAUUUUUUCAACUUCCACCCAAAACAAAGACACAAUAUGACAAUACCAAAACAAAUGCAGGGUGGAUUCAGGCUCCUGACAACAAAAUCGGCAAUCAUCUGACUCUGUCAUAUUCCAUAAUUUUAACAUUUUCCCUGUGGGUAAGAAGUUAUAAAUAAUUUUAAUUUGAAAAUAACGAUUUUGCACAUCGAUAGUGGUUUUAUAGAUUAGUUUGAAUUUGGCAUCCCAUGGCAACGGGCAGUCAAAAAAGUCCUCCCAUUUUCCAUUUGUGUUGUAUGAGGCAGCCUUCAAAGAUUUCUUUAUUAAAUAAAAAUUAUAUAUUUUUCUAUUUAUUUUAGUUCCUUUUUGCCAACUAGAAUUUCUUAUUAGAGGUUUACAAACUAAUAAUUUAAUAGUUCCAUAAUUAAUUAUUUAUUUCCAUCUUUUCCCAAUUACUCCAGUUAGUUGAUAAAAUGAAAAGCUUGAGCAAGCAUCAACAUACAUAGCUCUAAAUUCAUCAUACUUCAUCAUUUUACCAUUCUCAUUGAUAAUAUCAUUGACAAAAAUGAUUCCUCUUUCAAACAUAUUUUUCCAAAAGAAAGGCUUUCCAUCUAUUAUUUAUUUUUCUGGCACAUAAAAUUGAAAACACCACUAUGAGUGGAUUGUUUCCUUUAUGAACCCCGCCAUGUUUCCCAGCAGACUCUCUGGGAGGGGAUCACUUGUAAAAAAGGAUACAAUUUCUUUUGAUACAGUACAUGUUUUUUGUCCAACAGGACAUUUGUGUACCACUCAAUGUUUAAAUACAUCUUUGGAACAAUUGAUGCUUUUAAAGACAGACACAUAGCUUCAAGGUUGAGAAGUUUCAGGCCCCCAUAUUCAUACUCUUUGUACAAAACCUUUCUUUUAAUCUUUUCUGGUUUGCCGUUCCAGACAAAAUCGAAGACCCUGCGCUCAUAAAUCUUAAAAAAGUUUUGUGAUGGAGCUGGUAAUGACAAAAACAAAUAAAUAAAUUGAGGAAUAAUUAACGAGUUGGCAAUAGACAUUUUACCAUACAAGGUUAGGGAUUUCCCUUUCCAUAAUUGCAUAAUUUUGUCCAGCUUUCUUAGUCGAUUAUCAUAAUUUACUGAGCCUAGAUCUUCCAGAUUUUCUGGGACAACAACACCAAGUAUGUUAACUGGUCCAUCUGUCCACAAAACAGGCACUUUGCAUUCCAUUCGAAAGGACGUUCCCUUUAGAUUUCCGAUCCUUAACAUUUUACAUUCAUCAUAAUUAAGCUUAAGGCCAGAUUGCUGUGAAAAUAUGUCCAAAAGAUUAAGAAGGUUCCGCAAACAAUGAGGAAAAAUCUUAUCUUUGUGAAUCAGCCUUUUCUGACAUGAACUUCAUCAAGAACAAACACAGAACACGCCUCACUGAUGCACAUCUGCAAGACUCACUCAGAGUUGCAGUGUCAAGUUACACACCAGAGUACAACACACUAGUUAACAGCAUGCAAUGCCAGGCUUCCCACUAACUGACAAAGAAACAGAUAACAGAUUUGGUGUCCAGUUCAAAGUGUGACAUGAUUUAAAAAUUUGAGAGUUUACUUUUGUAUUUUACAUGAGCUAUUAUUUGUACAAACAUGGUGCAAAGUAAUUCAUGAUUUGUUAAAAAAUGUUAGUGGCUAGCUAGUUAAAAUGGGAUAUUGUGAUUUCACAAGACUGUCUUAGAAGUCAUCAUUUGAAAAUGUUCAAUUUGAAAAAUGUGCACUUAGAGAAAAUAUAAAAAUAAAGUGUUGCAUAUUGAUAUUUAUGUUUCUAUAUAUAUUUAUUGUGAGAAAUCAUUAAGAUGAUCAGUGUUUCCACAAAGAUAAAUAUCAUUAAUUACUAAAAAUAACAGAGUUAAAGGUAAAUUGAGCAAAUUGGCUACUUCUGGCAAUUUAUUUAAGUGUGUAUCUAACUGGUAGCCCUUCGCAUUAAUCACUACCCAAGAAGUAGCUCUUGCUUUCAAAAAGGUUGGUGACCCCUGCUGUAGACCUUAGAGCAUUACAUCACCCUUUAAUACUCAUUUCAUAUUUGAAACACACAAAUUUGCUUUUUCUGAUUUCUCACAAUUUAUACUGAAUUCUGGAUUUUAAAAAUAUUUUGGUAUAAGGAUUUUAGCUUUUUCCUUCAGUUUUGGAACUUUUUUAGACCACUAAAAAUAUUUAUUACUCAUAAUUUGUAUUUAAACACAUGAAACCCCUUAUUGCAUGCAACACUGUAUAAUAUAUAUAUAUAUAUCAUACCAUUUUAAAAUGAUCAUUGUUUUCAUAUGUGAAAUUGUUCUCUUUUCCUCAAUACUAAUUGUGACUUU